CUACCUGUGCGCCCCUACUCCCAAGGUUGUGGUUGACUGUCCUGUGGCCCAGGCUUUGCCCGCCGAAGUGCAUGCUGGGAGUUGUAGUUUGUCCGCAGCUGGAGGGCCACAGGUUGGGAAGUUGAGAACAGCAGUAGGUAGAGGGAAGGAGAAAGAGGGAGGAGGCAGUUUCUGGACUGGGAGGUGCCGCCUUCUCCCACUCACCGGGCUCGGGACGUAGAUCGUAAGUGUAGGGGCUCCCUGAGUUCGAGCCGAUGGAUUAGCCGGAGGAGUAGGAGCCGGUUCCAAGUUGGGUCAGUGGCAGUGCGAGCACAGGGCACCAUGAAGAAGCAGUUCAAUCGCAUGAAGGUUCUGGCGAACCAGACUGUAGGGAGAGCGGAAAAGACUGAGGUACUUAGUGAAGACCUGCUGCAGAUUGAAAGACGUCUUGACACAGUACGGCUGAUCUGCCACAAUGCAAAUAAGAAGCUGCUGGGUUGUUUGCAGGGACAGCCGGGCACAGAGGCAGAAAAGAGAUAUAAAAAACUCUCUCUGAUGGGCGUGUCACAAUCCAUGGUGGAGGGGUCCUCUCUGCUUGGCGAUGAUACUCUAUUGGCGAAAACGUUGUACUCGUGUGCAGAUGCAGAGCAACAGCUGGCCAUGGAGCUGUCUAUGCACGAGAUUGCAAUAGAAAAAGACAUCAUGGAACCUUUAAACCAACUGGCAGAGGUGGAGAUCCCCAACAUACAGAAGCAGAGGAAACAGUUGGCUAAGCUGGUGCUGGACUGGGAUUCUGCACGUGCCAGGUUUAACCAGUCGCAGAAGUCUGGGACAAACUUUCAGAUGCAGCCAGGAAAGAUGGACUCCCUGAAGGAGGAGAUGGACGAAGCUAUGAACAAAGUGGAGCAGUGCAAGGACCAGCUUGCCGCCGACAUGUACAACUUUGUUUCAAAGGAAGGCGAAUAUGGAAAAUAUUUUGUCACCUUGUUAGAGACACAAGCUGAAUACCAUAGGAAAGCACUGUCUGCCUUAGAAAAGGCACUCCCCGAAAUCCAAGCCCAGCAAGAUAAGUGGACAGAAAAGCCAGCCUUUGGCACACCACUGGAGGAGCACUUGAAACGGAGUGGAAGAGAGAUAGCUCUACCCGUCGAAGCCUGUGUAAUGAUGCUGCUGGAGACCGGCAUGAAAGAAGAGGGCUUAUUCAGAAUUGCAGCAGGAGCCUCCAAACUCAAGAAGCUUAAAGCUGCACUGGACUGUUCUACGUCUCAACUAGAGGAAUUUUAUUCAGACCCACAUGCAGUGGCAGGAGCACUAAAAUCAUAUCUACGUGAACUGCCGGAGCCUCUAAUGACCUUUAAUUUGUAUGAGGAAUGGAUCCAUGCUGGAAACAUUCCAGACCAGAACACAAAGCUGCAGUCCUUAUGGAUGGUGUGCCAGAAACUUCCCAAACCAAAUCUGGAAAACUUCAGGUAUCUUGUGAAAUUCUUGUCGAAGCUGAGUCACCACAGUGACAUUAACAAGAUGACUCCCAGCAACAUUGCAAUUGUGUUGGGUCCCAACCUCUUAUGGGCAAGGCAUGAAGGAACCCUCGCGGAAAUAGCGGCUGCAACCUCUGUCCACGUGAUGACAAUCGUCGAACCAAUCAUUCAGCACGCAGACUGGUUCUUUCCAGAUGACCUGGACUUCAAUGUUUCUGGUGCCUUUGUCCCCGUUGUGCCCACAAUGCAAUCGAACAAUGUGCCUUUUACUGGGAACGAUGUGAUGUAUGAGUUUUGGCCACUGGAGAAGAAAAGGCCUUUCAGUAUGGUAAUGGAUGGAGAGCUCUCAAAGAGGGACAGCUCAGGUCUGAAAGUGAUGGACUACCAUCUGAACACUCGAAGAGGGGGGACCUUAAAUCGCAAACAUGCAGCGCCAGCUUUCCAACCUCCACUCCCACCCAGUGAAAGUGGUAACCAGCCAGACUAUUCAGCAUCCUCAGAUGUUGGUUCCACAGUUGCUGCAUCGGCGCAGCCCACAGCUUCUACAGACCCUAUGCCCACCCACAGCAAUGAUGAAACUAGUAUGUUCAAGACUAAAGAUCUGACUACUGCAACCACCCCUCCAUCGCUUCGGAAUGGAACUCAUCAGCCUUCAGGUGGUGGAAAUGCAACGGCUCCUGUACAGGGCACUGCCAACCCAAGUCCAUUGUCCUCCAGGCGAGGUACAAAGAAGCCUGCACCAGCUCCUCCCAAGCCAGUUGUUCCCCAUUCAGGGCAGCUUGCUCAUUCAGGUUCACCCAUUUCUGCAAAUGCCCCACCCACUGUCUCACCCAAACCCACCAAUACUGCCCUCAAUCCUUCUCCACCAAGUAGUAUUACCAGCCAGGGAGUUGCUCCAGCUGCUUCUACACAUUCUCAUGGCACCCUCCCUCGUAGGCACUCAGGAAGCCAGCCAUUUAUCCAGGCACCCAGUCAUCCUCCUCCACAGCCACCCACUCAGUCAGCAGCUUUGUUACUGUCUAAAUCUAAUACCCAGCCAGUGACGUUUUCUACUGAAUCCUCAACAGAUCAAUCCUCUAGUCCCCCGCACACACCAACCCCUCCAGAUACUCCUCCACCGGGUGUAGAACAUCCAGGAUCCCAGCCAGCUGCCCCUGAAGCUACCCAGACCCAGCCAUCACCCCCACAGACCGGGACUCUACCCCGACCUCGACCCGUCCCCAAACCACGUGUUCGGCCUACAGUCCCCCCUCCACCUCAGCCCCCAGCCUCUCCUACGGUCCUGGAGCAGCCACAACCAUCAAUGGCUUCAAAGAUCAUCACUGAUCCACUUGUCCAAGGUCAAUCUGCAGCAGAAUCGGUGCCUCCGGCUUCUCUCACAGAGCCUUCCCCACAAUCCUCUGUCAACUCAGAAACUGACAUAGAGAGCACAGCUCUGUGAUGAGGUCAAGGAAGCUGCACUCCAAAACCAUGGGCUUCCCACUCUACAACUCGACCAAGGGCUCCGUGUCAAGACUCAGCAGUGAAAAGCUUUCUACUCUCUUCAUAUAUUUAUAUAUAUAUAUGAAUAUUUUCUUUUCAGAGGGAAGGACUUAUUGAGGUUUGAAUGACCUGGUGUGUCUUGCCAUUAUAACACGGACAUGGCCUUGGGCUUGGGAGAUACAUCUACCAAUCCCCCCUGCAUUAAGUGGGGGCAGAGGUAGAACAUUGAAGACAUUCCAUUGCAGUCCCUUUAUUGCUCCCCUCUGCACCCCAUAGCUGCCAGGUAAACCAGCAAUCAUCUGUGACCCAUACUGCUGUGAUGCACCCUUUGAAAGUGUACAGAUACAUCUAACAGCUCAUAUUUUAGGAUUAUGGAUAAAUAAACAUGCAUUUGUUGGCACUUUACCUGGAACAUAGGAAUGAGUGAUAUUGCUGCAUUGAGGGGUAUAAAACAUGUAUCCUCUUAAUUUAAAAACCGCUAGCAGUUAAGAGGUUAAAAUAUAUAUUUAAAUACACACCAUGCUGUUUGGGAACUGCAGGAUUUGCAUUACUGUCUGGUUAUGCCAUUGCAAUAUUGCAUUCAAUACAUGUGUGUGUAUAUUACAUAUGCCGUAUAUACAUACAGCACCAAGCACAUCCACAAGCAAAGCAGAGUACGGCUGAGUGUUUCCCGUGUGCCAUGAUUUGGAUCAGUGCAUGGCUGUAAUGCUUGGGGACCAGGGCCAUUUUUAGCAAAGUAUCAUUUGUGGGGAUACAGAAUUUUUAGAGAGCUGGACAGUCCCACCUCCAGCAACUGAAGGGCUGCAAGUUUAAAUAUAUAUUCUUCUUGCCAUUCUCUUGCCUUGUUGUUUCCAUCUUUUCACAAUAUACUUGUCCUACUCCUCCUGAUAUUGUAAAGAAAAGCACCUUAUUAUGAACUAAAAAGCCUUUAUUACUUCAUGGCUUAGACCAAGUGUACAGUGAAGUUUCAAGCUAUUCCCCGGCUCUUUUUCAAGCUUGAACAGGGUGAAACGUUGCUGUAUACUUGGUCUAAGCCAUGAAGGUGUUUAAUUCAUUAUAAGCUGCUGUUCUUUACAAUAUUAAUAUGUGUGUUCCAUGGAUUGUGGUCACAGUGGAAUGUGCACCUGCCUACUAGAGGUGUGCUGUGCUGGCUUUAAACUUGUGCCCCUACUCCUCCUAGUCACCAUCUUACUCCACUGUCUCCAUCCAUUCUUUCUAUACAUUUCCAUUGACUCCUCCUAGUCCCAUCUCACCCCACCAUCUCCAUCCUUUACUACUAUAUCUAUCCAUUGACUCCUCCUAGUCACCAUCUUACUCCACUGUCUCCAUCCUUUCCUACUAUAUCUAUCCAUUGACUCCUCCUAGUCACCAUCUUACUCCACUUUCUCCAUCCUUUCCUACUAUACUCAGGGCCGGAUUUACAUAGCGGACGCCCCUAGGCCCACUGCCAUUUGUCGCCCCUGUCCCCCCCCUUUAUUCGUGAAAAUUUUCAUGGAGAUUGUAUCUCCUGUGCAUCCCCAGUGUUUUUGAACCAAUGUGGGUGUGGUUGGGCAGCAUGCCGCCCCCCUAAAAUCCUGCCGCCCUAGGCCCGGGCCUAGGUGGCCUUCCCACAAAUCCGGGCCUGACUAUACUUAUCCUCAACCUUUCUUAAUGACCAUGUUACCCUACCAUCAAUAGCUUUUGCUACUAUGUGUAUCCCAUAUACUUGUCUUAACAACAAAUCUCCCAGUUAACUAGAAGAUAUAGAACCCCUUGCAAUAGAACAAUUCAGUACAAAGCUCUGUCCAGCCUGAGCAUAAAGAGACACUGCCACACUCUCUGAAUAAAGUUGAAAAUUCAUAACAGAAUGGCUUUCCAUUUUACCCGACCUCUCGAGGGGCACUGUAAGUGACAUUAUAUCAAUAUAGUAUUUAUUUUAUCUGACUAUCUGUACUAUCUAACCAAAGCUUACUGCUGAUUGGAUAGUGCUGAGGUGCAAGCUGGCCCUGUUAAUAAAUAACCAGCACUAAAUCUGCUGUGGUUAGUGAUUGGGUGCAUUUCUCCAGCAAGUAUUGAGAAUAUCCCAUCAGAACAUUACAUUUACAGAACAUUACAUUUACAGAACAUUACAUUUACAGUUUAUUCCUGUUGAGUUGGCUUUAUCUGUUACACCCCCUCUGCUGAUUUUCCAUCAUCCUGACCAGCCACUGGCUCACAGGAUUUACAGACUGACCAAGGGCUGAACAAGAGGUUCCUACUAGAGUUGUUUAUUAGGAAUUUUAAGUGUGGAGAGUGGUUGCACUACCUGCCAUUAUUCUGUUGGACUUUACAAAGGUGCCUUGCAAAAUCUAUAUAUAAUGUCAUUUUCUCACUUCUAAUCACAAGGAGCAACAUUCUCUGGGUAGCACCCAGUUGGGCAAUUUUGUAGCCUCUCUUGUCAGCACAGUCCAUUUAUAUAUAUGUUUUCUGUUGAUAUUUACCCCCAGUUUCUAUACCUGGGAAGUGCUGACUGUUCUGUAAGAUUUUCUUUCCCUGGCAGGUGCGAGGCAGAUGGAUCAGCUUUGGAUAAAGCUCAGCAAUGGGACUUAAAUUAUAUAUUUUUGCCACAUUAAAAAAAAAAAAGUUGCUGUAUAUUUCCUCUACCCAAGGAAAUAAAGAAGGUUAUGAGGUU